AUCUUCGCUCCCCCCACUUGAUUUUCCGUCCUCUCAUCCGAGGGUCUCCCCCUCCUUCCCGCUCGCUGUCUGUCUUACCCUAGUUUGGAAAUGCUGCAAACCUCCGGGCCUGCCAUCAUUGGACGCGAGGGGCUGUCAUCUGCGGUAGGAGUAGUUCCUAUUGGUCUGGCUGGAGGAAGGCAACGGAGCUGACUAUAAAAGGUGGGGCCGGUGGAGGCGCGCCGAGCGGCUUUGACAGGACCGGGUCGGCAAGGGACCCCCUGGCGGGGAGCUGAGCGCGGAGAGCCGGGACUCCCGCACCGGACAGCUGCUCUCUGUACUAGCUCUCCGCGCCUCGUCAGCAGGGACCUCUGCCUCAGGGUCCCGCAACUCGCGGCCGCGGUCCGUGCAGCCCCGAGGGCCCCUCUCUUCACCUGCGCGUGCGGUGCCCCGCCGCCGCGAUGAGCGAGCUUAACACCAAAAUCCCCCCAGCAACCAACCAGGCACCUGGCCCAGAGGAAAAGGGAAAAGCUGGCAAUGCCAAGAAAGCUGAGGAGGAGGAGGAGAUUGACAUCGAUCUUACAGCACCAGAAACAGAGAAGGCUGCCCUUGCCAUUCAGGGCAAGUUUCGGCGAUUCCAGAAAAGAAAAAAGGAUCCCAGCUCCUGAAUGGCCAGCCUUGCCUUUACCCUGCUCCCUUCUCUCCCCUUCUCCACAGCCCUGACUCCCACAUACCUUUGUCCCUUUAUCCUCUCUUUGAGGCAAGUUCAACCCUCCUAUCAUUUUGUCUGUUCCCCUCAAGCCAUCACAGCAGUAGAGGCACGAGAACAAGGGGAAAGAUAAAGACUUCAACUGGCAGCCACUUAACUAAGAGUGAACCAGUUUCUCCUUGGGAUAAGGCCCUUUGAUCAAUACCUAGACCCGCCCUGUGAGGUUGGAGGGUACUUUGAGGCUGAGAGAAGGGCUCCAGAUAGUGGGAAGGAGGGGAAAGCCUUAAGAGCAGGGAGCCAGAGGGUGGGUCAUAUGCACUGUUCUGCCAGUUACAACAUUCACACAUCAGGUAACAUUUUCUCCCUUCAGCUCCUUCUGCACCCCCACCUGCAACUUCCCUCCUAUGAGCUAAGCCACAGUGUGGGUUGGAGCCUUCCUUCCCCCUGGCAGAACUAAAUUGAGCGGCUUACCAUAGUAGUGCAUGCUGAGUAGAUUAGUUCCAAGGAAGGGUAGAGGGGAAGAAAAGUUUCCUACAUCAUCUAGUCUAGGACCAUAAGGGACAGAGGUGGAAGCAUUUCAAGGGGUCACAGGGCUGGAAAAUGGGAAGUAGGGUAGAUUUGGGGAGGAAAGAAAAGUGAAGAAGGGGGAGGUCUCUCAGUUAUUGUGGUAGAAGUGACAACAUGGAAGAUUCUUGGGGCCUCGCUAACCUGCCUACCUCUAACCCCCCAAGUCUAGCCACCCCCAGAAGCCACAUGAGCCAAAUGAACCCCUGUAGUUCCUGCCUGCCCCACUGUGGAGUCAGGGCAGAAGUGGAAUGUGAUUUUAGCAUGUUUAAUAAUUAUAACAAUAAAAAUAAAAACAACUCUUAAAUGAGUUCA